ACACAAGCUGAAUGGUGAUUUGGUGAUCUUUGGUGACACACAAGUUUUGGCGCUAAGGUCGUUAACUGUCUGCUUUUUUGAAAGAAAUAGUGUAAAUAGUGGUGUGUUGUUUAUCAUUCUGUUGCCAUAAUGUAUGUUAAGUCAAUAAUUCUUGAUGGUUUCAAGUCCUAUGGGAAAAGAACAGAAAUACAUGGUUUUGAUCCUUUGUUUAACGCGAUUACCGGACUCAAUGGAAGUGGAAAAUCUAACAUACUUGAUGCCAUUUGUUUUGUUCUUGGCAUUUCUAAUUUAACUAACGUGCGCGCCACUUCACUUCAAGAACUUGUGUAUAAAAAUGGCCAAGCUGGUGUCUCGAAAGCUAGUGUAUCCGUCAUUUUUGACAACCGUGAUAGCAAAAGCAGCCCUAUUGGUUAUGAACAGUAUGAAGAAAUUGCAGUAACUCGUCAGGUGGUGGUUGGAGGUAAAAACAAGUAUCUCAUCAAUGGUACAAAUGUACAGGCAAAGCGAGUGAAUGAUUUAUUCUGCUCUGUGCAGUUAAAUGUUAACAACCCUCACUUUUUGAUCAUGCAGGGCCGUAUCACGAAGGUUCUCAACAUGAAACCGAUGGAGAUUCUAGCUAUGGUGGAAGAAGCUGCUGGCACAAAAAUGUAUGAGAACAAAAAAAUUGCUGCAGAGAAAACAAUAGAGAAAAAAGACAACAAACUUAGGCAGCUAAAUGACAUAAUUAACAGUGACAUAGCUCCUAAAAUACAGAAGCUAAAAGAAGAACAAGGAAGAUAUCUUGAAUACCAGAAAGUAGUUAGAGAUUUGGAAAGGCUAAUGAAAAUAUAUGUUGCAUGGAGGUACAUGAAAGCUAAGGAGAAAGUUAAAGAAGUGCAAGAUGCCAGUAGAAAUGUUGAUACUGAGAUACAAGAGGCUGAGGUAGCAAUAAAAGAAUCUGAAGCUGAAGCAGCAGGAAUAGAUGGAAAAGUAGCUGAGAUGCAAGAAAUAAUUGAUUCGAUGUCCCAUGCAAGGUUAAAGGACCAGGAAAUAGCCCUGAACAAAAUGGAGAAAGAGGAAGCAGUUAUUUCUGCCAAAGUAAAAAUGAGUAAAGAAGCAGUAAAUAAAGAAAUAAGCAAGAAAAACAGAUUGGAAAAGGCUUUGAAAGAGGAGGAAGCUACAUUGGCUCGCAAAGAGAAAGAAAUUGUAACAAAAGGACAAGCACUUGAAAAAAUGCGUGAGGAAUGUGAAAAAGACAAUAAGGCUUUGGAGGACGCACAACGAAGAUUUCAGGCAGCCAGUGCUGGUAUGGUUGCUGAUGAAAAUGGUGUUGCGACGACACUGCAGGAGCAGCUUAUUCAGGUCAAGCAGGAGUUGGCACAAGCUCGGACAGAUGUUCAGAACUCCACAAGACAGAUUCAGCAUUUCAAGAAAAUCUUGCCACCAAAGGAAAGUGAACUCAAGACCACGGAAAGGGAUUACAACACACGUAAACAAGAGUUUACAAAAGUGGAGAAGGAAAUUAAAGCUGUUGAGGAAGAAAUGAAGAAACUUGAUUAUGAAGAUGGUUAUUUGGAGCGAUUGAUAACAGAGAAAAGGCAGCUAGAAGGGCUUCUACGGCAAAUGAGAGCAAAAGUGGAAAGGCUUGAAUCUCGGUACCCAUAUUUGUUUUUUGAAUAUACAGAUCCUGAACCAAACUUCAACAAAAAGUCCAUUAUAGGAAUGGUUGCAAGGCUAGUGAAAAUAAAGGACAUGAGUAAGGAUGCUCUUGAGGCUGCAGCAGGUGGACGGCUGUACAACAUUGUAAUUGAUAAUGAAGUAACUGGCAGAAAGCUCCUAGAUAAUGGUGAUUUACCACGUCGUACAACAUUUGUUCCAUUAAACAGAAUAAUUGGUAGAGCUCUUGAACCUAAGUAUGUUAAAGCUGCAGAGAAGCUGGUUGGUAAAGAAAAUAUAGUACCAGCAAUACACCUUGUGGAAUUUGAUGACAAAUAUCGUGUUGUCCUCCAGUAUGUCUUUGGUGAAACAAUGAUUACAAACAAUAUGGACAUGGCACGUGAGGUUACGUUUAAUGAGAACAUCAAGAAGAAAUGUGUGACUUUGGAGGGAGACAUUUUUGAUCCUGCAGGUGUCUUGCAAGGAGGUGCACCUAGCACUUCAACACCAGUGUUGUCACAGUUGGAAGAGAUUUUUGCCAUGGUUGAUGACUUUGAAGAUAAAAAGCAAAAACUAAGAGAGAUGGAAGAGAAAAUUAAAAGGGUCAGUGAAGUUGCAAGAUGCUAUGAUUCUUAUAAACAACAGUUGGAAGUGAAAACACACAAACUCUCACUUCUGCAGAACCAGUUGGAACAUACUGCCCAUCACCGCCUGAUGCAAGAAAUUGAACAAAUCAAAGCUGACAUAAAGGAACUGGAGGAGAAAGUAGAAAAAUGCAAGCAGAUUGAGAAAGAUGGAGCGAAAAAAGUGAAAGACCUUGAAUAUCAAGUGGAACAUGCUAAAGAGGUUAUAGAAAAGGAGAGGAAAAAUGCAGAGAAAGAUAUGAAUCGGCUUAAGACCAAAUCGGAGGCAACCCAGGAGAAAUGGCAAAAACUUCAACAGGAUUAUGAGACUUUAGAAAUGGAAAUUGGUGAACUGAAAUCUUCACUGGAGACAAGCAAACAAGAACUGAUAGAUAUUUCAGGAGAAAUAACAAAACUUGAAGAGGCACAUCAGGCUCUUGAGUCUGAGUUAAAGUCAGUUAAGGAAGUUGUAACAGAGAAGAAGAAUGCUCUCUCUGAAGUCAAAAAAGAAAUCAGUCUUAAAAACAAAGAUAUUCAAGCAUUGACUAAGCACAAGGCAGAUCUUCAAAAGAAAGUUGGUGACUUGCAAUUAAAAAUAAAGAAGCUUGGUCUUGACAAAAAGAAGUUUGAAACAGAAGCAACGGAUAAUGAGAAGCAGGUUGCCAAGAUUAUUGAAGAAAAUGAGUGGAUUCCAGACGAAGAAAAAUUUUUUGGCCAGCCUAAAGGUGCAUAUGAUUACUAUUCAAUGGAUAUGAAACAAGCCUGUAAAACCAUUAAUACUUUAGAGGAGCGUAAAGAAGAAUUAGGUCGUAGAUUGAAUAUCCGUGCAAUGAAUAUGCUUGAUAAAGAAGAAGAGCAGUAUAAUGACCUGAUACAAAAGAAACAGAUAGUAGAAAAUGAUAGAGCCAAGAUUAUGUUAGUAUUACAAGAGUUGGAUGAAAAAAAGAAACAGGCCCUUCGACAAGCAUGGACGCAAGUCAACAAAGAUUUUGGCUCAAUUUUCACAACGCUGUUACCAGGUGCACAAGCUUGUCUGCAGCCUCCGAAAGGCAAAGACGUUCUUGAUGGACUUGAGGUGAAAGUGGGUUUUGGUGGACUGUGGAAAGAAGGUUUACAGGAACUGUCAGGAGGACAGAGGUCACUUGUUGCCCUCUCUCUUAUACUGGCUAUGUUGCUCUUCAAGCCUGCUCCAAUCUAUAUCCUGGAUGAAGUAGAUGCUGCUUUGGACUUGUCGCAUACACAGAACAUUGGUACUAUGUUGCGAACACAUUUUAAACACUCACAGUUCAUUGUUGUUUCGUUGAAGGAUGGUAUGUUUGAGAAUGCAAAUGUGCUGUUUCGAACGCAGUUUGUUGACGGCAUGUCCACAGUGAGACGUAUUGCGCAGAAUCCAAGCAAUGUAGAUAGAGCAAGUGAAGAAGGACCAUCCAAGAGAAAGAAAAAAUAAGCUGUUCAGUUGUGACAAAAAUAUUCCUUAUUUAUCCUGACUUUCACCUGUCUUUUGUAAAUAUGUCAUAAAUAUUUUAUACAAAAUAG